AGGGUAAGGACGUCCCAAUGAUUCCGUAUAGCACUAACCGUACGUGGAAACCCCUCCGCCGCUAGGGAAACGCUUUCAGACCAAUCAGUGGUUGAAUGUGUGAGGGAGCGUGUGUUUACAUCACCCGUCAAAUUGAAGAGCAUUUAAAUUUCGUCUUACAAGGACCAAACCCACAGACUCCCACUGAAGCGAUUACGGUAGCCACCAACAGGACGGACUCUCUGGUAACUGACCUUUUGCAGUGGAAUCACUCUUGAACCAUGAGCUCUGUGGCUGUGUUGACCCCGGAGAGCUUUGCCGAGCACCGCAGCGGGAUCAAAGACCAGGAGAUGACAGGCGGUGUACCCGAGGAUGAGGCCUAUAUCCCCACCUACCUGGAGGCCUUCCCUCCGCUCCCGGAGAAUAAGGGAGCUCCGGGGGACAAGUCUGGAGAGCCUGCAGGGGCGUGGGGCUCCAAGAUCAGACCCAUCAAAGCCUCUGUCAUCACCCAGGUGUUCAACGUGCCCCUGGAGGAGCGGCGCUACAAGGACAACAGCCAGUUUGGUGACGGGGGCGAGGAGGCCAAGGUGUGCCUGGACAUCAUGCAGCGGACGGAGGCUCACAUCGAGCUGUCGCUGGCCAAGGACCAGGGCCUCUCCAUCAUGGUCACUGGGAAACUGGACUCUGUCAUGAAGGCCCGUAAGGAGAUCGUGUCUCGGCUGCAGACACAGGCUUCGGCCACGGUGGCCAUCCCCAAAGAGCACCACCGGUUUGUGAUCGGUAAGAACGGUGAGAAACUCCAGGAGCUGGAGCUGAAAACGGCCACGAAGAUCGCCAUCCCCCGACCCGACGACCCCAGCCUCAACAUCAGAAUCACAGGCACCAAGGAGGGCAUCGAGAAGGCUCGUCACGAGAUACUGCUGAUAUCAGCCGAACAGGACAAGCGAGCAGUGGAGCGUCUCUCCCUGGAGAAGGUGUUCCACCCGUUCAUCGCUGGGGCCUACAACCGUCUGGUCCAGGAACUGUGUCAAGAGACAGGGGCCCGCGUCAGCAUCCCCCCGCCCAGCCUGCACAAGGACGAGAUCGUCAUCACCGGGGAGAAGGAGGCUGUCGCCCUCGCCAUCAGCCGCAUACGGGCCAUCUACGACGAGAAGAAGAGAAAGACCACCACCAUCUCAGUGGAGGUGAAGAAGUCGCAGCACAAGUACAUUGUGGGGCCUAAAGGCAACAGCUUGCAUGAGAUCAUGGAGACCACUGGGGUUUCUGUGGAGAUGCCUCCGAUGGACUCCUGCUCGGAGACCAUCAUCCUGAGGGGCGAGCCGGACAAGCUGGGCCCUGCACUCACACAGGUCUACGCCAAGGCCAAGAGUGCGAUGGUGGUGGAGGUGACAGCCCCGGCCUGGCUCCAUCGCUUCAUCAUCGGAAAGAAGGGACAGAACAUCGGACGCAUCACACAGCAGCUACCCAAGGUUCACAUUGAGUUCACAGACGGCGAGGAGCGGAUAUGCCUGGAGGGCCCCACGGAGGAGGUGGAGCAGGCCCAGGUUCAGAUACAAGACAUCAUCAGAGACCUGCUGGUGAGGAUGGACUACACUGACGUCAACAUAGACCAGCGCUUUCACAGACACCUCAUCGGCAAGAACGGAGCCAACAUUAACCGGAUUAAAGAGCAGUACAAGGUGUCGGUGUGGAUCCCCCAGGAGCCGGAUCGAAGCGGCCUGGUCCGGAUCGAGGGUGACCCCAAGGGGGUGCAGCUGGCACGCAGGGAGCUGAUGGAGAUGGCACAGAGGAUGGAGAACGAGCGUACCAAAGAGUUGAUUGUGGAGCAGAAGUUCCACCGCGCCAUCAUCGGCCAGAAAGGGGAGAAGAUCAAAGAGGUCCGGGAUAAGUUCCCAGAGGUCAUGAUCAAUUUCCCUGACCCGGCUCAGAAGAGUGACAUUGUGCAGUUGAGAGGGCCCAAGAACGAGGUGGAGAAGUGUGCCAAGUUUCUGGCAAAACUCAUCGCAGACCUGAUGGAGAACAGCUUCUCCCUCUCCAUCCCCAUCUUCAAACAGUUCCACAAAAACAUCAUCGGCAAAGGAGGCGCCAACAUCAAAAAGAUCCGUGAGGAGACCACCACUAAGAUUGACCUGCCCACAGAGAACAGUAACAGUGAGAUGAUAGUGAUCACUGGGAGGAAGAACCACUGUGAAGCAGCCAGAGACAGGAUCCUAGCCAUCCAGAGAGAACUGGCCAACAUCAAGGAGUCAGAGGUGACCAUCCCGGCCAAGCUCCACAACUCUCUGAUAGGCUCUAAGGGCUGCCUGGUGCGGGCCGUCAUGGAGGACUGUGGCGGGGUGCACAUCCACUUUCCCUCCGAGGGCUCCGGGUCAGACAGGGUGACCAUCAGAGGGCCCGCCGGGGAGGUGGAGAGGGCCAAGAGACAGCUACUACAACUGGCUGAAGAGAAGCAAGUGAACAACUUCACGGCGGAGCUGCAGGCCAAGCCGGAGUACCACAAGUUCCUGAUUGGAAAGGGCGGGGUCAACAUCCGUCGUGUGCGGGACAGGACGGGCGCUCGCAUCAUCUUCCCGUCUCCCGACGAGCAGGAGCAGGAGCUCAUCACCAUCGUAGGCAGGGAGGAGGCUGUCAGACUGGCCCAGAAAGAACUGGAGACACUCGUCAAAAACCUGGACGACGUGGUGGAGGACAGCAUGGUUGUGGAGACGCGGCACCACCGGCACUUUGUCUGCCGGCGAGGCCAGGUGUUGAGGGAGCUGGCGGAGGAAUACGGCGGUGUGGCGGUCAGCUUCCCCCGCACCGGGACUCACAGCGACCGCAUCACACUGAAGGGGGCCAAGGACUGUGUGGAGGCAGCCAAACGAAGAAUCCAGGAGAUCAUAGAGGAUCUGGAGGCCCAGGUGAGUGUUGAGGUGGCGGUCCCCCAGCGGUACCACAGGGCUGUGAUGGGGCCUAAAGGCUGCAGGAUCCAGCAGAUCACCAGAGAUUACGAGGUGCAGGUCAAGUUCCCAGAGAGAGACGACAACGCCAACAACACAGCAGGUCAGGAGCCCCCUCGGGAGAACGGUGACGCCAGCCCGGAGGCGGAGUUUGUCCUUCGCAAGUGUGACGUCAUCACCAUCUCGGGGCGGACGGAGAAGUGUGAGCUGGCAAAGAUCGCCCUACUGGCUCUGGUCCCGGUCACGGAGGAUGUUGAGGUGUCCUUUGAGCUACACCGUUACAUCAUUGGUCAGAAGGGCAGUGGCAUCAGGAAGAUGAUGGAGGAGUAUGAGGUGAACAUCUGGGUACCCCAGCCGGAGCAGCAGUCGGAUGUGAUCAAGGUGACAGGUCAGGUGGCCAACGUAGAGCGGGCCAAGUCAGGCCUGCUGGAGAGAGUCAAAGAACUACAGGCUGAACAGGAGGACAGGGCCUUGAGGAGCUUCAAGGUCUCCAUCUCAGUAGAUCCUAAGUUCCACCCCAAGAUCAUUGGCCGGAAGGGAGUGGUCAUCUCUCAGAUCCGCAAAGACCACGACGUCAACGUUCAGUUCCCAGAUAAAGGGGACGAACAGCAGGAUGUGAUAGUGAUCUCUGGGUAUGAGCGUAACACGGAAGAGGCGCGGUCAGCCAUCGAGCUGCUGGUGUCAACGCUGCAGGAGAUGGUCAGCCACGACGUGCACCUGGACCCCCGCACACACGCACGCAUCAUCGGGGCCCGCGGCAAGGCCAUCCGCAAGACCAUGGAAGAGUUCAAGGUGGACAUCCGGUUUCCCCAGCCGGGUUCAGAGGACCCAGGCAGGGUGACGGUGACUGGACUACCAGAGAGUGUGGACAACGCCGUCGACCACCUCCUCAAUCUGGAGGAGGAACAUAUGUUGAGUGUGACAGAGACCGAGACGAUGGCAGCCUACAUGAAGCCCCCGUCCCGCUAUGGAGGGGGGGGAGGAGGUGGGGGCGGCGACAUCAGCGGGGGGGCGGCCAAGGGCUUUGUGGUGCGGGACGCCCCCUGGAACGACACGGCUCCUGAUAUGAGCAAUGCUGAGGACUUCCCCACCUUCGGCGCAGGCCUGGCCCCAAAACAGACCUCCGCCUGGGGCCCCAAGAAGUUUUGAGACAUCUGGGAAAACAAGAGAGAGGAGAGGGAGAGAACAAACACUGGACAAAUCGCUACUCGCCUUCGCCCCUCCGCCUCCUCCCCCUUUUCCGUUUUUUGCUCUCUCGCAGCUGUUACCCUCAACCGGCAACCCAGGAAGGCCAGAGGAAAAAAAGAGCACGUCCUCAUCUCCCUCUCCCCAUCUCUUCUCCAUCUGUCCUCUAUCCCCUUCUCUCCAUUGGAGGAAAGACUUUCUCUCUCUUGUUUUCUUGCUUUGUCUUGCCUCUCCACGUCACUUCAACAUCGCUGGAGUUGUCGUUGCAUUUUAAAGGACUUGUUUUAGUCAGUGGACCCCAACUGCCAACUGCCAAAACCCCAAACCGACACUCCAGGCAUCUUGUAACGGUCCUUUGAACCAACUUAACCCAGCAAGCAGUGUAACUGGAGAGCACCAGCCAACCAACAGCCCUCUUUACAAGACAAGAGGGAUGUGGAGGAUUUUAGGUUCGCAGGGUGGCAGAACUCGCAAACCAUAAGUUGUAAAGCAAACACUGCUUAAUUUUGUGUGGUUUUGAUGAUAAAAGGGGAUUUUAAUGUUCUACUGCGUGAGAGGAGUUUUUAACGAUGUACUCCUACGAUGUUUUACUGUGGGGGUUUUUACCGGAGUUUGUUACUAGCUGAUCCUUCCAAGUACGUUAUUACUGAAACUCAUCAGAGGGGAAGCGGGGGGGGGGUGAUGUUGGGCUGUGAUGUUUUGUGGUCUUCACUCUUACAAGAGGAGGAUGUGUAUAGUUUCAUCUGUAAUUUAUUUCUACCUGAGCUAAAAUAGCUUCCAUUGUUUUUUUCAUGGUGAGUUAUCUUUUGAGUCUUAGCCGUGUGAGUCCAGCGAGGUCUGUGUACCGAAGGUUGUUUAUUUAAGCAAUAAGGCACAAGGGGGUGUGGUAUAUGGCCAGUAUACCGCGGCUAAGUGCUGUUCUUACGCACGACGCAACGUGGAGCGCCUGGAUACAGACCUUAGCCGUGGUAUAUUGGCCAUAUACCACAAACUCCUGAGGUGCCUUAUUGCUGUUAUAAACUGGUUACCAAUGUAAAGAGAGCAG